UCUUAGGUUUGAUCGCCCUCUAACGACCGAAGCGUGAAUUACAGCCACCGGCCUGCAGUUACAGAUGUCGACCAGCAGGAGUCGCUGCAAACAGAAGCAGAACCGACCGAGAGGAGGAGGAGAGGAAGCCAGGAAGCCGCCUGCCUGCUGCCUGCUGCCCGUCACCGCCGUACCGCAGAGACGCGCCGCCAGGAAGGAACAGGCCGGGCUCGAGCUCUCGUCCUCCGUGGUCCAGAAACAGACGCUCCAACCGCCGCCGACAUGUCCAAGAACACCGUGUCGGCCCGCUUCCGGCGCGUGGACGUGGACGAGUACGACGAGAACAAAUUUGUGGACGAGGAGGACGGAGGAGAAAACCAGCUGGGUCCCGACGAGGCAGAGGUGGACUCCCUCAUCAGACAAGGAAAUCUCAUGGAGGCGCUACAUGCAGUCCUGAAGAACCCACCCAUCAACACGAAGAACCAGAACGUUAAGGACCGAGCCGAGGGUCUGGUGCUGAAGGUGCUCAGUGCCUUUAAGAGCAGUGACAUCGAGAAGGGGGUGCAGUCGCUGGACAAGAACGGCGUGGACCUGCUGAUGAAGUACAUCUACAAAGGCUUCGAGAGGCCGUCAGAGAACAGCAGCGCCGUCCUGCUGCAGUGGCACGAAAAGGCUCUGGCAGCUGGAGGAGUGGGCAGCAUCGUCAGGGUACUAACGGCCAGGAAGACGGUCUAGAAAAGGAGCAGAAACGUGGCUGACGGAUCGAUGGGGGAGUCGCUGCACCGUGCUGCUCAUGUAACAGAUGGCAUAGGGGCAAGAAGGAAAACAGAUUUUUAACCCAAUCAGAUCCAAACAAGAGAGGAUGAACCGUACAAUCUGGGUCGUAUUAGGUUAAAAAUGGAUUUCCUUGUUUCUCCCUGUGCAUGAUUGUCACCGGCAUCAUUCUCCUCACUGGGUGCUGACUCCUGGGUUCUGUCCUGUCGGUACUGUUCAGCAAUCUGUACGCCAGCGGUUCCCAACCUCACAGUGAAUGCACACAAUGCUUGUUUUUCAGAUUUUCCUUUUAGUUUUUGCAUUUUUUCUAAAUGUUCUCAUACAAACCGUAGGCUCCUGCUGUAUGAGCCGUGAAAGUCAAACAGGUUGGGUGCCGCUGAUGUACACGGAUCUCUCAUGUAAACUAACACACGUGUGCUGAAACACAGGCAUGACUUCUAGUAAUGCGUCCUCCACCCACUUCCACACAGAACGCUGCAGCUUUGUUCCUCUCAGGAAAUCUCUCCGAGUGUUUCGUUUCCAUCGUGGGUUGUCUCCGCUCUGAGAGCUCCUGAUGGAAUAAAAGCCCGACUCUCUGUCAGUAAAUCCUCUCACAGUAACACUUGAGUCUCGGUGAAAAGCGCAGUCACAGAUGGAGGGUGGUGGAUUUGCUCACAGGGGGCUCGCUGUUUACCCCGGGACAGGGUGGGGGAGGAGGAGUAGGGGGUUGGUGCCAUCCAUCCACCCGUGGUUAAGGAUUAUUAUGACCCUCGAUGCAUCUCCACCACCGCUCUGAUUAAUCCCACUUUGGUGUUUCUCUCAGCGGGUUUCCGUCUGUUUGUCGGAGGCACAUUUUCUGUGUACUUUCAGGAAAAACACCCAGAGAACAUGUGCUCAGAUUCUUCUCUCUCUCUCUUUUUUUUUUAAACUAUUUAACAGAAAAACAUAAUCUAGGAUUAAACAUUAUCCGCUUUGUUUUGUUAUUAUUUUGAGUAAUAAUUUAAAAUCCCCACUCGACCAAAAUUAAAGCGACUGCUCACAGGGUCGACGGGCUCGCUGGUAACAUGAUGUCUGCUUUUGUAAAUGGAGAAUCUAACUGGUUUUAAAGAGUUCUAUAGUUUGCAUGAUCCCUUUUUUUUUGUUUUUUGAGAUUUUGAGUUGUCUCUCGAGCAUUUCAUACCCGUCUUUUGUACUUGUUUUGUCUGUCUUCUGGGAAAAUUCAGUAAUUUUUAUAUGAAACCUGAGUUUAAUUUCCUGCUGUAGGAUUUUCACAACUAAUCCUCGACACAGAUGUUGACCUGCAGCAGAAAGACGAACCUUCACGACCACGUCAAUCGACUGAGAGUUGAAUUCACACUCAUUUUGUAUAACGAGGAGAAGCGUUAAAUGUUUUAUCUGCCUUAUCGGGUAGAUCACGUCUGUUGCCAAAUGAUUUAUUUUGCUUUCAUGGAAUAACGUAGCGUACGUCGAUGAUUUAGUCGAGCUUGUGUGUUUAGAGAAGACAACGUGGUGAAUUUAUUGACACACAAAUGAACUCAAAGCGUGUUGCGGUUCAAAAAGUCGCCUUUUUGAAAAUAAGCAGCCUCGGCUUUGGAGGAGUUUGGUAUUAAUUCCAGUCCCGCUCAUCUCCACACACUGAGUCAAGCUACUCAUGGAUGUUGCUUUUCAGAAAACACAAAUCAUCACAGUUGUUUUGCCACCAGUGGGUAUUUAAACAUGUGCUGCCAUGUUGGAAUACUGUCAUCAGUGAUGAUGCAUCCAGACAUUAGAAACCUUCUCUAAUGCAGUAAUGAAUAGAUCUACAUGAGCACAGGAAGGACCGAGGUCCGGCUUCUUCUUCUGCUUCAUGUUCUUCUAGUCAGAGAUGCUCUUCUGGCUGAGCGCGAGAAGACGAUGGAACAUACCAAACUGAUGUACAAACUGCCUUACUCAAAUAUUCCUUUUUUAUGUUUGUGCUUUUUUGAAAAUAAAAAAUGAAUAAAUGGUAUGAUUGCUAAUCAAA